AUGUCUAUACAUUGCGACAAUCAAGCUGCCAUUUUUAUUGUUAACAAUCCCACCUUUCAUGAGUGUACAAAACACAUUGAGAUUGACUGUCACUACAUUCGAGAUAAGGUUAUGUCUGAACUUAUCUCUACUUCUCAUGUGACAUCAUCUUAUCAACUUGUGGACAUCUUCACAAAUAGUCUAAUCAGCAUCUUCUACGAUGCCACGUGUACCAAGUUAAACAUGUUUGCCUUAUAUACUCUAACUUAA